ACAGCCAGAAUCGAAGCCGCUGGAUGGUUGAAUUUGAUAGUCACUUGGACUCUACAAUCGCGAAACGGAUCGCGAUUGAGAACUGACUAUGUAAAGAGUGUAUUAAUUCGGCGAUUCAAGCAGGACAAAGAUGGAACGUGGACUGGUGGCGAAGUUGUGUCAGAAAACCUUGCAGGACGGAUCAAUGUAGGGGGUUCUAAUGAAAACUAUACCGAUGAUAAACCAGCUAUGCUAUCGCCAAGUUUUGUUAUGCUUUAUCUAGUGAUAUUGGUAGCUCUAGUACUAGUCGUUUUGAAAAUCUAUCAGACCAAGCCUAAAAAGGGAAAACACCGUCCAAAACAUGGACGAAAAAAGAAGAAGGAUAAAGAAAAGAAAAAGUCCAAAAGUGUCACUAAAACCAAAGGUCCGAGCAAGCCCUCAACAAGUAAAAGUGGAAGUGUUGAUGAGAUGAAAAUGUCUGGAAUGUCUGGAGUGUCUGGAAGUCGGGAUGAUGUCAAAAAGCCAUUGCAGUGA